CAAUUGGUAAAUAUUAUUUUUUAGCAACCAUUCAUUUUUUAUCAAUAAUUUUCUACAUUUUUCAAAAGUUGUUAUUUUUGAGAUACUUAUAUACGAGAUUGUGUUAAAAAACCAUUGAAUAUUGUAAACUAGAUAAUCUCAAAACCAUAAUUUUCGAUUUGAAUACAUUCUUUAAGUGUAAAAAAUUUUCUAUCUACAUGAUAUUUCUGCUUCCAACACAAUUUAAUCUGAAACUACAAACUUUGUUAAUAAUGUCCAGGAUUAUAUUAAUAAAGUACCUUAAAAUGUAAAUUAAAAUAAAAUAUGAACUGAUUAAAUAAAUAUCGAAAAAUUUUUUUAUUAAAAUAUCAAUUUCUUAAAUACUUUGUUUUUAUUUUCACUGUUAACUGUUUAGAGAUAAAAAAAAAACAAGAAUCAUGAGCUCGAAGAAAUUUGGGACGAUAUCAAGGGAAAAUUAACCAGUCACUGAUAACAUUGAUGCACAAAUUCUAAACGCCCAAGAUCACGAAAAUCAAUUCAAGGAAAAGUUAACUCAAUGGUUCCAUACUCUCAUCGAAAAAUCAGAGCUUUAAAAGCUUAAAAGCUUUGAAAGCAAUUACAAAUCAUUCUGCAAAAAUUCAAGAAGAUAUAAAAAGAAUCAGUAAAGAAGCCAUGGAACUAGUUCUUGAAACAACUAAAAAUUUUGAAACCAAGUUAAGACGUAAAUUGACAGAAACUGAAGCCUCAAAAUAAAGAAAUGGAAAUUACUUCCUGGAAAACAAGCGUGAUUCUGUCAGCAAUGUUUAUGAUUUUAAUCACUGCAACAGCGGAAAAAUUUACUAAAGAUCACAAACAAACUUUAGAUAAAGUGGUUAAAAUGUUAUCUGCUAAACCACAUUUUCAAAGUUACGAGAAUUUCGAAGAAAGAACAGAAAGAAUUAACAAGGAAUUGGAUCAGGCAAUGAAUAUUAUUAAUGUCGUUAAAGAGAUUGAUCGUUUUGUAACAAAUAAGAUCAAAAUGAUCGUAAAACAGCUCAAUGCGAUCUAUGACAUUCACUAUUCUGAUCGUUCGCAAUCAUCUUUCAACGUUUAUGAGCAAUGAUCACUAUUUGAGCAAGUGACUGAUUAAACUAUAAAAAUAUUUAUUCUUAAGUGAUUUUUAAUUUAUAUAAAUUUACUUAAAAAUUGGAAAAAAAAAUUAA